AAAGCGGAAGUGAACAAAGUCGAUGGACGUGGAGCUGAUUUAAAGGUCUUCACUCUCAUGUCGGUGUUUUCCAUCCACCAUGAAGAUAAACGAGAACACUUUACUGGAGGGGAACAACGUCGUGCUGGUUCCUUACGACGCGAAGCACGUGCCCAGGUAUCACGAGUGGAUGAAGUCUCCCGAGCUGCAGCAGCUGACCGCUUCAGAGCCGCUGACCCUGGAACAGGAGUACGACAUGCAGAGGAGCUGGAGGGAAGACGAUGACAAGUGCACGUUCAUCAUCUUGGCCAAGCAGCAGUGGGCAGACGGCAGUGUAGAAGAGGAGCAGUGCAUGGUGGGAGAUGUCAACAUCUUCCUGACCGACCCCACGGACCCAACACUGGCUGAGCUGGAGAUCAUGAUAGCGGAGCCCGGUCACCGAGGCAAAGGCAUCGGGAGAGAGGUGACGCACAUGAUGAUGAGCUACGGAGUCACCAAACUUGGGGUCCAAAAGUUUGAAGCGAAAAUUGGGCUGAACAACGAGGUCAGCGUCGCCAUGUUUAAGAAGCUCCACUUCCAGGAGGCGUCGGUGUGCGAGGUGUUCAAAGAGGUGACGCUCGCGAUGACGGUGGACGAGUCCGUUCGGACGAGGCUGCUGGAGGCCACGGCCGACAUGAAGGAGCGCGACUACAGACGGACGUGCAGCGACAGACGGGAACACGUUUGAAACGCUGCGCUAGAGAUGGAGACCGAUGGAACAUCCGAGCUCAAAUCUGGUGUGUGUGCUUUGAACCUUUCAGACAUUUACACACAUCGGCAGAGUUGGGAGGUCGAUUUUUACUCAAGUACAAUUUUUUGACGUUCUGAUUCAUUUAUGUGAGUAUUGUGUUCAGAUACUCCUGCAUGUGAUGCUCUCCACAUGAAGAGCAUUGAUGCUGGGAGGUAAGGCCUGGCUUCCUGCUGGUCAGAAAACUAAAAUCUUUAUGGACCUGGCUUUUUGCAAAAGGGCGUUAUCGUGCUGAAAGUAUCUUAACCCGAGGUUGAAAGUGUAUCAUCGUUAACAGUUGCAUUGAGGUUUCCCUUAAUUAAAACUAAGGGGCCUAACCCGAAACAUAUAAACUAUAUACAACUAUCGAUCUGUUGGUUGUAUAUAUUGUUUAUUGCAGAUUCAGAUCUUUCCAUCAACAUGAGAUGAAUAUCUCAUUUUUUAAGGAUAUGCAUGGAUAUAUUUUAGUUUCUAGUGUGUGUUAACUAUAUUUGAAUCCUAAAACAUUUAGCUGCAGAAUAAAUCCGGCAGGAAAGAGCGUUUCUAUUUUCUGGUGCACUCUGCCUGAGGCCUAAUGGCAGUGAAACACAUCUCUUACAUUACAAUAAAUCAUCACGUGUCUCAUCUUCCUCCUUAUUGACACAUUAGUCUGCGGCAUUUCUCAUAAUUCUCUCCUUCAAAACCGGAAGCUUAAUGGAACAGCUUUUAUAUCGCACCGCAUGACCCCAAAUGUGCAUAUUGCCAUUUCCUCCUACGGGCAAGUAAUUCAAAUUAUUUAACGAGAGAUUGUUUCGGGGCAUCCAGCAUUUUUUUUAAUGAUAAAUACACCCCCAGCUGUCAAAAUCCAGGUGAGAGAAUUAGGUAAGUCAGGCAUUUUUCAGACAUGCUGACUGUUAUUCUGCAAUAUACAUGCAAUAAAAAAAAUGUAACUCCUAAUUGUAUCCAUUUCGCUCAGCGCAUUUCUUUUGCACUAUUCUUGGUUCAUUGUACUGUUGCUGGUUAUGAAUAAACUCAGUCUAGCAUCUGA